AUGAGUGGCGUUCGUGCAGCUGUCUUCUCCAAGUACUUCGCCGCUGGCGUGACGGUGGCGACAUUGUGCUGCGCCCGCCACUGCAACUGGCUGCUGUCACAGGCCUCUAGCGACCUGCAGGAGCACUACCGUAGUGUGGCACGCUUCGCGGAUCAGGUGGCCGCCCUUGAGGCGGCGAUGAUGACAAUUAAUGCGACACACCCGACGACGGCAACGGAGCCGCAGAGAGCGAGUGACAAAGGCGGCGGCCGCAGCUGA